UCUUGGCGUCGCACAGACCGGAGACGACGCUGUGGCCAAGCGCUGCGUUACCGGGAAUACACACCGGUUAUAUCUCUCUAUCUCUCUCUCUGUCCCUCUCUAAACAGUCCGAUCUGACUACGUUGGUUGACAACUUCUAGAACGGGCUGAUUUCCUUUUUUUCCCCCUGUCUUGGAUCCGGAUAACCUGUGUGGCUUGUCACUCUCAUUCUGCGAUGGCUCAACUGAACCUCGGUCUAAUGACGAGAUUGAACGUGGAUUACCGGCACUGCAAAUGUUGUUGCUCAAAGGAGACGCACUAAAGAGAAGGACAGAUAAGUGCAGCUGGUCGACCUGAAGGAAAGGAUCUCCUGGUAAUAUCAGUGAACAUAUGUGGAGCGGACGAGGGGCUGUCGUGAGUUCUUGUAUUUUUACGCGUGCCGGGUAGAUCGAGGACCACUUGAUUCUCGUCUCCCACGUUUGGUUCGCCUUCCCUUUAGGUGUGAAUUCCAUCCUGUCAGACAGAGACUCUGAACCCCUAGGUCCCCGCAUGACAUGGUUCAGUCCAGCUGCGAGAUCCGAGCCUCCUCCAUGCAUUGGGAUUUUUCUCAGCACCGACACCGAGUGAAUCCCCCUCCUCUGACCAUCUGAGAAGUAUCGUGCCCGCCUGACCAGAGAGAAAGCCCUGCCAUGACCGCCGCUUCAAUUCGGGACCGAGCAACGGGACUUGUGGGAAGACCGGAAUGCGCAUGCAGGAAUGAGCACGGAAUACGGAUUUUUUCUCUAAUGAAGGCGCACCAUUGGAGCCGGGUGCUGCUCUUCUACAUGGGGCUACUGGUCGCCUCGGCAAACGCUCAGAACUGCAGCUACACACUACAGAGUCCCAAUGGGACGAUAGAAAGCCCCGGCUACCCUUACGGUUACCCUAACUACGCCAACUGCACAUGGGUGAUCGUGGCGGCGGAGCACAACCGGAUACAGCUGGUGUUUCAAGGGUUCGCCCUGGAGGAGGACUUUGACAUCUUGUCUGUAUAUGACGGACCGCCCAGCCCGGGGAACCUUCGGACAAGGUUAACAGGAUUCCAGCUGCCUUCACCCAUCGUGAGCACAGGCUCCAGGCUCACACUGUGGCUCCUGUCCGACUACGCCGUCAGCGGGCAGGGAUUUAAAGCGGCCUACGAAGCUCUGCCCAGUUACACUUGUGGUAAUCCCGGACAGCUGCUCAACGGCCACCAGCAGGGGUCCACGUUCAACAUUGGAGACAAAAUCCGCUACAGCUGCAGCCCGGGCUACGUGCUGGAGGGUCACACCACCCUGUCCUGCCUUGCCACUUCAGCGGGUACUGCUGCCUGGGAUUUCCCCCUCCCCUACUGCAGAGCGGACGAUGGUUGCGGCGGAACGCUGCGGGGCCAGAGCGGGGUGAUCACCACCCCCAAUUACCCCGCUGACUAUAACAACAACGCCGACUGCACCUGGACCGUGCUCGCCGAGCCGGGGGACACCAUCGCCCUGGUGUUCUCCGACUUCCAGCUGGAGGACGACUAUGACCUGCUGGAGGUCAGCGGCACGGAGGGCUCCUCGCAGUGGUUCACUGGCCCGAACCUCCCCUCGCCCAUCAUCAGCAGCAAGAAUUGGCUCCGGCUUCACUUUACCUCAGAUGGCAACCACAAGUUGAGAGGUUUCAGCGCCCAGUACCAAGUGAAGAAGAUGACUGAACUUAAGUCUCGGGGUGUGAAAAUGUUGCCCAGCAAAGACAACCACCACAAGAUCUCAGUGUUGUCUCAGAUGGGUGUCGCGCAGGGACACAACAUGUGUCCAGACCCGGGGAUCCCUGAUCGAGGAAAAAGAAAAGGCACAGACUUUAGGCGAGGAGCCACGGUGCAUUUCUCCUGCGACGAGGGUUACGAACUGCAGGGCUCAAAGAGCAUCAGUUGCCUCAGAGUGACGGACAGCUACGUGGGCUGGAGUGACGACCGGCCCAUAUGCAGAGCGCCGAUGUGCGGAGGCCAGUUGAGAGGACCCAGCGGUGUCAUCACCUCGCCCAACUACCCGGUCCAGUAUGACAACAAUGCCAACUGCACUUGGCUCAUCACAGCCACGGACACUUCUAAGGUGAUCAAGCUGACCUUUGAGGACUUUGACCUGGAGCGAGGCUACGACACCCUGACGGUGGGGGACGGCGAGGUGGUGGGAGACCAGAAGACCAUCUUCCACGUCCUGUCUGGAACCACCACUCCAGACCUCGUGGUCAGCACCAGCAACCUGAUGUGGCUGAACUUUAAAACGGACGACACCAGCGGCUCUCUGGGAUUCAAGGUGUCCUACGAAGAAAUUGACCAGGGCAGUUGCGGAGACCCCGGCAUCCCAGCAUAUGGCAAAAGGGAGGGGACGAGCUUUCGCCACGGGGAGCGGCUCUACUUUGAGUGUCUGCCCGCCUUCGAGCUGGUGGGGAAGAAGAACAUCACCUGCCAGAAGAACAACCAGUGGUCGGCCAAGAAACCCAGCUGUGUUUUUUCCUGUUUCUUCAACUUUACUACUCCAUCCGGGGUGCUGCUGUCCCCCAACUACCCUCAGGAGUACGGCAACAACAUGCACUGUGUGUGGUUGAUCAUCACCAAUCCCGAGAGCCGCAUAAAUCUGGCCUUCAAUGACCUCAGCAUGGAGAAACAGUUUGACUUCCUCUCCAUCAAAGAUGGUGGCAAGGCUGAGUCUCCUAUCCUGGGAACCUAUUCCGGUGCCGCCCUACCUCCUCCUAUAACAACUAGCGCCCACGUGGCCCGGCUGGAGUUUCUGACGGACCACACGUAUACAGACAGAGGCUUCAACAUCACAUUUACAACGUUCCGCCACAACGAAUGCCCCGACCCGGGUGUGCCGGUCAACGGGAAACGCUUCGGUGAGAGCCUUCAGCUGGGCAGUUCGAUCUCAUUCCUGUGCGAGGAGGGCUUCGUUAAGACCCACGGCUCGCAGACCAUCUCGUGCAUUCUCAAAGAUGGCAACGUGGUCUGGGAUAAUGCAGUUCCCCGCUGUGAGGCCCCAUGUGGAGGGGAUCUGAAGGCUCCCAGUGGGAUCAUCCUCUCCCCCGGCUGGCCAGAACUCUAUAAGGAGGCCCUCAACUGCGAAUGGAUCAUCGAGGCUCCUCCAGGCUACCCCAUCAAGAUCAUCUUUGACAAGUUCCGCACGGAGGUCAACUACGACGUCCUUGAGGUGCGCGACGGCCGAUUUCCCUCUUCGCCUUUGAUUGGCAGUUACCAGGGUACCCAGGUUCCCCAGUUCGUCAUCAGCACCUCCAGCUUCCUGUACCUCCUCUUCUCGACUGACAAGAGCCACUCGGACAUCGGCUUCCGCAUACGCUACGAAACAUUGCAGCUGCAGUCGGACCACUGCGUGGACCCCGGCAUCCCCGUCAACGGGCAGCGACACGGAAAUGACUUCUACGUCGGCGCCCUGGUGACAUUUAGCUGCGACGCGGGUUACACGCUCAGCGACGCGGAGCCUUUGGAGUGUGAACCCAAUUUCCAGUGGAGCCGCCCCCUGCCCAGCUGCGAUGCCUUGUGUGGAGGUUACAUCCAAGGCAACUUUGGCACCAUCCUGUCACCUGGCUUCCCGGACUUCUACCCUCACAACCUGAACUGCACGUGGAUAAUCGAGACGUCCCAUGGCAAAGGUGUCCAAUUCAACUUCCACACCUUCCACCUGGAGAGCCCUCACGAUCAUUUGGUGGUGACGGAGAACGGCAGCUUUUCUCAGCCCCUGUGGAGGCUGACGGGCUCCACGCUGCCUCUGCCUCUCAGCGCGGGCCUGUUUGGCAACUACACCGCUCAGAUCCGCUUUCUCUCCGACUUCUCCGUUUCCUACGAGGGAUUCAACAUCACUUUCUCCGAGUAUGACUUGGAGCCAUGUGAGGACCCUGGAAUCCCACCGUACAGCGCCAGAAAGGGCCUUCACUACGGGGUGGGGGACUCCCUCAUCUUCUCCUGCUUCCCCGGUUAUCGGCUGGAGGGUCCGGCGAGGGUCGUUUGCUUAGGGGGCAGGAGGCGGGUCUGGAGCUCCCCGCUGCCAAGGUGUGUUGCUGAGUGCGGCUCAUCCGUGACCGGCAUGCAAGGGGUGCUGCUCUCGCCCAACUACCCCGGUUACUACGGCAACAACCACGAGUGCAUCUACUCCAUCCAGACUCAGCCGGGCAAAGGCAUACAGCUACGGGCGCGGGACUUUAGACUUGAGGAGGACGACAUGCUCAGAGUCUUUGACGGCGGCAGUAACGAGGCUCGUCUGCUGGGGGUGUUCACGGGCAGCGAGAUGCUGGAGACCACCUUGAACUCCACCUCCAGCUCCAUGUGGCUGGAGUUCAUCAGCAAUGCGGAGAACACCAGCAAAGGCUUCGAGCUGCACUUCACUAGCUUUGAGCUGGUGAAAUGCGAGGAUCCGGGCGUUCCCCAGUUUGGCUACAAGCGUGAGGACAAGGGGCAUUUUGCCGGAAGCAGUGUAGCGUACAGCUGCGACCCGGGCUACACCCUGAAAGGCCCCGAGGUGCUUACCUGCCUGAGAGGGGAAAGGAGGGCGUGGGGGAGCCCCCUCCCACUGUGUGUCGCGGAGUGUGGCGGCACCAUAAAGGAUGAGCCUUCUGGUCGUAUACUUUCCCCUGGCUAUCCGGCCCCAUAUGAACACAACCUGAACUGCAUGUGGACCAUUGAGGCCGCCCCUGGAAGCACAAUCAGCCUGCAUUUCCUGGUGUACCACACGGAGGAGGUCCACGAUGUCCUUCGGAUCUGGGAUGGGCCGCAGGAGGGCGGGGUCCUGCUGAGGGAGCUCAGUGGCUCAAUGUUGCCCUCGGAUGCCCACAGCACCUUCAACACAGUCAGCCUGCAGUUCACCACGGACUUCUUCACGAGCAAGCAGGGCUUUGCUCUGCAGUUCUCUGUCUCCACCGCAACCUCCUGCAACGACCCGGGCAUGCCGACCAAUGGGACGCGCGGCGGUGACAGCAGGGAGCCCGGAGACCAUGUGGCGUUCCAGUGCGACCCCGGCUACAUUCUGCAGGGGGCCGACAGAAUAACCUGCACGGAGAUCAACGGCCGCUUCUUCUGGCAGCCCGAGCCCCCGACAUGCACAGCACCAUGUGGCGGGAACCUGACGGGUCCGAGUGGGCUGAUCCUGUCCCCGGACUAUCCUGAGCCUUACCCGCAUGGACGGGAGUGUGACUGGACAGUCACUGUAACACGGGACUACGUCAUCGCUCUCAGCUUCAACCAGUUCAGCUUGGAGCCCAGUUAUGACUUCUUGCAUAUCUACGAUGGACCGGACUCCCUCAGCCCCUUGCUGGGCAGUUUUUAUGGCACAGACUUUCCCGACCGCAUCGAGAGCAGCUCCAACACGCUGUUCCUGGCCUUCCGCAGCGACGCUUCCCUCAGCAGCAACGGAUUCGUCCUGCAGUACACCGAGAACCCCAGGGAGUCUUGCUUUGAGCCGGGCGUGGUGCGAAAUGGGACUCGGGUGGGCGCCGAUCUCAAGCUGGGCUCCACCGUCACCUACCGCUGCGACAGUGGCUACACACUGGAAGGGGACCCAACCCUCACGUGCAUCAUGGGGGGAGACGGCAAGCCGAGCUGGAACAGACCCAAACCCAUCUGUGUCGCUCCAUGUGGUGGACAGAACUCUGGUUUGGAAGGAGUGGUUUUGUCCCCUGGUUACCCUGGCAACUACAGCAGUGCACGAACCUGUCUGUACUCUGUGGUGGUGCCCAAGGAUUACGUGGUCUUCAGUCAAUUCACCUUCUUCCACACGGCGCUGAAUGAUAUUGUAGAGGUUUAUGACGGGGCGACGCAACACUCCCGGGUCCUCAGCUCCCUGUCUGGAGCGCACACAGGGGAAUCGUUGCCGUUGGCAACCUCCAACCAAGUCCUGAUCCGUUUCACCUCCAAAGGCCAAUCCAGCUCCCGGGGAUUCCACCUUGUCUACCAGGCCGUGCCACGGACCAGCGCCACCCAGUGCAGCUCCGUCCCGGAGCCCCGGAAUGGCCGCCGCAUGGGCAACAACUUUGCCGUCGGUGCGGUGAUCCGCUUUGAGUGCAGCCCAGGUUACGUGCUGGAGGGGCCCAGCGCCAUUGAGUGCUUGACGGUUCCUAAUGCCCUGGCACAAUGGAACAGCUCCAUACCCAGCUGUAUAGUUCCAUGUGGAGGUAAUCUGACCCAACGAACCGGCACCAUCUUAUCUCCCGGCUUUCCCGAGCCUUACCUCAACAGCCUCAACUGUGUCUGGAAGAUCACUGUUCCAGAAGGAUCAGGAAUCCAGAUCCAGGUAAUCAGCUUUGUAACGGAGCAGAACUGGGACUCGCUGGAAGUGUUUGACGGAGGGGACAACACUGACACCAUGCUCGGCAGCUUCUCAGGCACCACCGUCCCGGCUCUCCUCAACAGCACCUCCAACCAACUCUACCUGCACUUCUUCUCGGAUAUCAGUGUGUCCGCGGCUGGGUUCAGGCUGGAGUACAAAACGGUGUCUCUCACCAGUUGCGCAGAGCCUGUGGUUCCUAUGAACAGCAUCAAGGUGGGGGAGCGUCUUCAGAUGAAUAACGUGGUGUCUUUUCAGUGUGAACCCGGAUACACUUUACAGGGGAACUCGCACAUCACCUGCAUGCCUGGGACCUUCAGACGAUGGAACUACCCUCCUCCUCUCUGCAUAGCUCAAUGCGGUGGGAUUCGGGAGGAGAUGGAGGGCAUGAUUCUCAGCCCCGGUUUCCCUGGCAACUACCCUAGCAACGCCGACUGUACUUGGAGAAUCUAUUUGCCAGUUGGUUACGGAGCCAACCUUCAGUUCCUCAACUUCUCCACCGAAGCCAACCAUGACUUUCUUGAGAUACGCAACGGUCCGCUUGAUACAAGCGCAGUAAUUGGUCGAUUCAGCGGCCAGGAUGUUCCCUCCUCCCUUUUUUCCACUUCCCAUGAGACCACAGUAUAUUUCCAUAGUGACCACUCUCAGAAUAAACCGGGGUUCAGAUUUGAGUACCAGGCCUACGAGCUGCAGGAGUGCCCCGAUCCGGAGCCCUUCCGUUACGGUGUGGUGGUGGGAGCCGGCUUCAAUGUGGGCCAGUCGAUUUCCUUCGAGUGUCUGCCUGGGUAUCAGCUAACGGGACACUCCAUCCUCACCUGUGAGCACGGCACCACGCGUAACUGGGAUCGGCCCGUGCCUCGCUGCGAAGUGCCUUGCGGUGGGAACAUCACAUCAGACAAUGGGACCAUUUUCUCCCCGGGUUACCCGGAGGAGUACCCGAGCUCGGCUGACUGCUCCUGGCUGAUCACGGUGGCUCAUGGCUUCGGCAUCAAAAUCAACUUCACCCUGCUGCAGAUUCACGGGCCGCACAAUUUCAUCACCCUUUGGGACGGUCCGCAGGAGACGGCCAGGAAACUGGGAGUGUUCACUGAUGGGGAGCCAAAUGACCCGCCCAGUAGCACGUCCAAUCAGGUGUUGAUACGUUUCCGCAGCAACACCGAGAAGGGCGGACUAUUCCGUAUCCGCCAUCAAGCUUACAGGCUGCAGUUCUGCCUGCCUCCCCCCAUCAUUCCUAAUGCAGAGAUCCUGAUGGCAAGCAAAGAGUUUAAAAUAGGUGAUAUAGUGCGCUACCGAUGUCUUCCCGGCUACCAAUUAAAUGGAAACAGCAUCCUGACCUGCCGGUUGGGGACGCACUUGGAGUUCGAGGGACCUCCGCCGUCAUGUGAUGUCACUUGUCCCAUGAAUGAGGUAUUGACAGCCUCCACAGGUGUCAUCUUGAGCCAGUCACCAGGCAACGGUUUCCCCCAUUUUGAUUCGUGCUCCUGGGUGGUCAAAGUAGACCCUGGCUACAAUAUCACCUUCACCAUCGAACACUUCCAGACCAGCCGUCAGUUUGAUGAGCUCGAGAUCUUUGAUGGCCCAUCCAGACAGAGCCCUCUUCUCAUUACCCUCAGUGGUAAUUAUUCUAACCCACUGAGCAUCACCAGCUCCAGUAACAGAGUCUAUUUGCACUGGUCCUUUGACCACACAACGCGCCACAAAGGCUUUCGCAUACGCUACUCAGUCGCCUACUGUAGCCCUCCCAACAACCCCGCAAAUGGCACAGUGCACAGUGUCACAGGCACCAAGCUGGGCAGCACGCUGCGUUUCAGCUGUGACCAGGGCUUCCGGCUUAUUGGUCAGAGCAGUGCCACGUGCACCCGCACUGCACAGGGGACCUACCAGUGGAACGCACCAGUGCCCCUUUGCCAAGUCACGUCUUGCGGCAUGCCAGUGCCUCCAGUCAACGGCAGCAUCGGGGGCCAGGACUUCUCUUUAGGAGCCAGGGCCACGUACCAGUGUAAUCCCGGAUUUCGGCUCGCGGGGCCUGUCACCACCUCAGUGAUCUGUCAGGAAUCUGGGAGGUGGAGCCCCAUCGAAGCCCCACCCAGAUGUGUCCCGGUAACCUGUCCUGACAUUGGCCACUCUGCUGUGGAACAUGGGAGAUGGAGGCUCAUCUACGGUACUCAAAACCAAUACGACACAAUGAUGAUGCUCAUAUGUGACCCCGGAUAUUACUACAGGGGGCAAAGGGUCAUUCGCUGCCAGGCCAACAGCACCUGGAACUACCCAGAUCCACGGCCAGUCUGCGAGAUCAUCUCCUGCGGCGACCUCGGGGCCCCACCAAACGGCAAUAAGAUUGGAACGCUCACCGUGUAUGGAGCCACUGCCAUUUUCUCCUGCAACACAGGAUAUACCUUGGUAGGCUCUCGGGUACGAGAGUGUAUGUCCAAUGGCCUUUGGAGUGGAACACAGGUCCAGUGUCUAGCUGGGCAUUGCGGCACCCCGGAGCCAAUUGUGAACGGACAAAUCAAUGGAGAGAAUUAUAACUAUCGAGGCAGCGUUGUGUACCAGUGUAACCCUGGAUUUCGUCUCAUUGGGGUGUCGGUGCGAAUCUGCGAACAGGAUCACCGCUGGUCGGGACGUACCCCCGUCUGCGUCCCCAUCACAUGCGGUCACCCUGGUAACCCUACCUUUGGUGUGACCCAGGGAACCCAGUUCAACCUAAACGACGCUGUGCGCUUUGUCUGCAACACCGGCUAUGUCCUGCAGGGCGCCGUCAAAUCCGCCUGCCAGGCCAACGGGCAGUGGAGUAACGCCCUCCCCAGGUGUAAAAUUGUGAACUGCACAGAGCCGGGUCACGUAGAGAACAGCAUCAGGCAGGUACUGCCCAGCGGCCCGCAUCGCUACAGCUUCCAGACCGCCGUGUCCUACCGCUGUAACCCCGGCUACUACCUGCUGGGCACCAGCUCCAUCUCCUGCCAGGGGGACGGCACCUGGGACCGCUCGCUGCCCAAGUGCCUGCUGGUGUUGUGCGACCGCCCCGGCAUGCCCCCCUACGCCCAGAUCUCCGGCGACCGGCGGACGGUCGGCUCGGUCAUCCGCUACAGCUGCAUCGGCCAGCGCGCCGUCAUCGGCAACACGACGCGCAUGUGCCAGCUGGACGGCCAGUGGAGCGGCUCGCCGCCGCACUGCUCCGGCGACGCCGCCGGGCUGUGUGGGGACCCGGGUACCCCCGUGCACGGAAUCCGUCUGGGAGAGGAGUUCACGGCCGGCGCCGCCGUCCGCUUCAGCUGCGAGCCGGGCUAUGCGCUGAAGGGCUCUCCAGAGAGAACCUGCCUCACCAACGGGUCCUGGCUCGGCACCCAGGCCGAGUGUCACGUGAUCUCUUGUGGAAACCCAGGAACUCCACGCAAUGCCCAGAUCCUGAACCACGAUGGCCUAACGUUUUCCAGAUCUAUUACCUACUCUUGCAGAGAGGGCUACUACUCAACCGGCCUGCUCACCCGACACUGCACUGUCAACGGCUCCUGGACCGGCAACAUGCCCGAGUGCUCUGUAAUCAACUGCGGUGACCCUGGAGUGCCAGCCAACGGCUUGAGGCUGGGCAAUGAUUUCAUUUACAACCUCACAGUCAGUUUCCAGUGUUCCCCUGGUUUCACCAUGGACGCGGACCGGGCCUCGACUCUGAUCUGCACCAAGGACCGGACCUGGAACGGCACCAAACCUCUCUGCAAAGCGAUCGUAUGUGGUCCACCACCCUUCAUCCCUAAUGGACAGGUUGUCGGUACGGACUUCACCUGGGGCUCCAGCAUCAGUUACUCCUGCAACCAAGGCUACCAGCUGUCUCUGCCCACUGUGCUAACAUGCCAGGGCAACGGCAACUGGAGCGGAGAGAAACCCCAGUGCUUCCCUGUGUUCUGUGGAGACCCAGGGAUGCCCGCCCAGGGGAGAAGGGAAGACCGGGGGUUCACCUAUCUCUCCUCAGUCUCCUUCUCCUGCCACUCUCCACUUAUCCUGGUGGGAUCUACCAGGAGAUAUUGUCAGUAUGAUGGCACUUGGAGUGGCACACAACCCUCGUGCAUAGAUCCCACUCACACGACCUGCGGAGACCCUGGCACUCCUCUCUUUGGAAACCAGAACAACAGUCAAGGCUACCAGAUCAGCAGCACCGUGUUCUUCAGCUGCAGAAAGGGAUACUUACUUCAGGGCUCCAUCACUCGCACUUGUCUGCCCAACCUGACUUGGAGUGGUUUUCAACCUGAGUGCAUUGCCCACCACUGCAGCCAACCGGAGCUGCAAGCCCAGUCUGAUGUUAGAGCCAUUGAACUGCCAUCUCUUGGCUACACACUGAUCUACACGUGUCAGCCCGGCUUCUACUUGGCCGGAGGAUCAGAACACAGGACCUGCAGGUCCGAUGGAAGCUGGACAGGGAAACCGCCUCUCUGCGCAGCUGAUAAUCGGCCGAGUGGUAAGAGCCCGGUGGGUACGGUGCAGGAGCCGCCAUCCAAAUUACCAGUCCCCGCCGGUGUGUUUUCCAAGAACUCCCUCUGGAGGGGAUCCUACGAGUACCUGGGGAAGAAGCAACCAGCUAUGCUCAGCAUCACCGCUUUCGAGCCCUUUAGCAACCGCGUCAACGCGACGCUCAUCGACCACAGCGGGGUGGAACUCAAGCUGGCUGGUAUUUAUAAAAAGGAGGAAGCUCAGCUGCUGCUCCAGGUCCACCAGAUCAGAGGCCCUGUGGAGAUCUUUGUCAACAAGUUCAAAAUUGACAACUGGGCCCUUGAAGGACAUGUGUCCUACAUCUCUUCAUCAAACUCCUUUGUGUACCAGGGAUUUGUCAGAGGAAAAGGCUUCAGCCAAUUUGGUCUCCAAAGACUGGAGAGCUUGGAUUCCAGCAAAGACGCCCCAGGCUUCAACAGCAGUUCAGUGGCAGCAGCCAUCCUAGUGCCUUUUAUAGCCAUGAUCAUCGCGGGCUUCGCUCUGUACCUCUACAAACACAGGAGAAGACCCAAAGUCCCCUUCAAUGGUUACGUGGGCCACGAGAACACGAACGGACGCGCUACGUUUGAGAACCCCAUGUACGACCGCAACAUCCAACCCACCGACAUCAUGGCCAGCGAGACAGAGUUCACAGUCAGCACCGUGUGCACAGCUGUAUAGCGACCUCUUCCCCCAGAGUUAGGGGAGGAGAAGUGGACCACAUAGCUUGCCUGCCAACUGAGGACAUCUAUAGUUCCUCGAGCAGAGGGAGAGACAAAGAUCAUUUUAUUUGCUGUAACAACAUUCAAGAAACAUCUCCCACGGCAAAGGCUCUGACCUGCAGCAGACCAGAAAAAAAGAGAAACCAUACGAAGACAACGAGGACUGUGACAAAAGCCAACAACAAAAUGCUUUUUGUGAUUUCUUCGUGGUUUCUCGAUACUUUUCCAUAUUUUGAGGAAGAGCUUUAACCUGAAACUGCAGCCUGCCGGAGUAACGCUGGAAGCAAAAGCUGUGGUGAAUCCUCCCACCUGCUCCGCCUGGACCCAAAAGGGAAUUGUAUGGUCAACUGUAAGUCUAGAAACUGACCUGUAGCUAACAAAGAUCUCCGUGCAAGUCAACCGUGCGGAAGGACAGCCGCGCGUCGGCCCGCUCGACUCAAAGAGAGGCGGCCCGGACUGUUUGGAUUCAUCUACUCCCUGUUUUCCAUUUUCUCAUUUUGGGUUCUCUUUUCAUACACUGCUUGCUUUCCGCGAUGAAUAACUGGAAAACCCUGUAAUUCCCGGGCGGUCUGUCCGUAGGAGGCCCCGUCAGUCUGGCUGCAGACGAUGGUCAUUUGGAGAGUUUUUUUUUUUUUUUUGAAGCAGGAAUGAAAUCUGCUUGCGAAGGCAGCUGUGUCCAGAGGACACGUUAACAAGUAGCUGGGGCUGCUUUAAACAAACUGCACUUGGUGAGGCUGUAGAGAUCGUUUAUGUGUACAAGUCAGUGAGACAUAUCCCCCCCCCCCCCCCCCCUCUCUCUCUCUCUCUCUCUCUUUCUCUCUCGGCCCCAAAUCUACCCUGAUACACAGCAUCUAAUUUGCAAAACGUUUCUCAAAAUGUAUUUUCUUUGGAAUCAUGACACUACCUGGAUGCCCUGGACAUGCAUAAAAAAAAUAGGAUGGAAACAAACAAAUGCUGAUAAAUUGACUCCGAAAAAAAAAAGUGUGAGCCUCUGCUCUUAUCUGCUUCUCUUCGUUUCCACUGAUUGGUGUGCAAUCCCUUUACAUGUUUAUGUCUGGGAAGAGAGGACCAGACCUGAUGGAGGUGUGGAAAAAGCAAAUCCAAACUCUCAACAAAAUGUUAAACGAGCACUUGUUAGCUCAUAUUUGCUUCACAUUUAGCAUCACUUUUCUGUCGCUCUUAUCCCAUUUGGAGGAAAAGACAUCGGCUUGUAUUAGCUUUCGGUGAUAUGUAAACGUCUUGGAACCACAUCUAUUUUCACUUUGUUUUCCAAAAGUCCAAAAAAAAAACACACAUAUAUAUAUAUAUUGCACCAAGCAAUUUACAGAGAAACACGUGGCUCCUUCUUCUUUGGGCAAACAGACUUUUUGUCUAAUGUUUCUGCAGCUUGAAGGUGGUACGUCGUGCAUUCUCUCUGAGAUGGAGUUGCAGCGUGAGCUCCCUUAACUCGGGCCGCAGGAAAACAAAGAUCAAAGUGCGGCCGUGUUUGAACCCCCCCCCCCCCCCCCAAUCCCACAACCACCACCACCGAGUCUGAAGAAUGGAUUCCCGAGUCAGAUGUGUGUUCCUCCUGGAUUAUUACAUGCAGCUCUUUUUUUUUUUUUCCUCCCAAGUUAACUUCUUGACAGCUCAGGCCUUCUAGAAAAACACCGGGGGGGCGGGGGGGGGGUUGCUUUUGCUCUGGACGUCGCUCCCCUUGAGCCGCGACAGCAGGGGGGGCUGCGUUCAAUUUGAAGUGAUAAAUACGACGAGGAAAAAGGAUGAGAAAAAGUGCCACACGGGAGAACGGGGAACUGUCGAUAACUAUGAAGGCAAGAAUCUGCCUCGCCAGGUGGACGAGGUGACCCAUGUGACCCAUGUGGAGCAAUCAAAAAACGGUAAUGAAUUUGUGUGUGAGAGAGAGAGAGAGAGAGAGAGAGAGAGCGUUGGAGUAGAAAGAUGGAAACCUACAGGAUUUAUAAAAAAAAACGCCUUCUUCCUGCCAUCUAUCCCCAUACAUGAGUGUCCUGUGGAUGCUGUGCAGGGUGAAGAGUUCUCCGACAUGUCGCUGCAGCAAAUUGAGCCAUUACAUGCAAUUUACUCUUAAUUUAGCCACGCUUCAUUGUCAUACCCAUGUUGAAUCCUGGAUUCCCCUUAGGACAGGUCAUCAGUUACAUGGUGUGGGAAAACAUCCAAAGCUUCCUAGCAUGUGGUCUCUUUUCAAGGGUUGGAAACCGCAACGGAAACUUUGCACACAUUUCUAAAUAAAUGCAACAAAGCGACUCCAACAGGUUUUGAAAUGAAGUCUUUAAAGUCACCUAGAGUACAUUUUUUUUUCCCCCUUAUAAAUCCAGGUCCUUUUGAAACCAAUCACUGUAUUGUUCCUUCAAUUAGAUUUUCUGUGGGUCAGUAAUUGCUCAUCCAGUUUCAUUACUUUGUAAAGCUCUCGCUUAUCUCGGGCAGUGAGGAUAGCCCCCUUUGGUUCUCUGGUGGAGAACUGGUGGAAAAGGAAACGAUUGAAUUACCCAGUGGAUUUCAUGAAAGGAGCCGUUGCGCUCCCAUUAUCUUGAAGGCAUUGUUACUCCGUUCCCAUAGUUGCGUGGGGCUGUUGCAUCGUGUAUUCUGUAAUCUAGCACUAAAUAUUUCAGCAGUCGCUUCGUUGCGUUCCAGUUUAGUUUCCGUUAAGGCCACUUUGAUGUGGUCUGCUCGUUCCUCCCGUGGCAACGUUUAGCAAACCAAUGAGAUAUAAUGCCCCCACUGACUAGAAGUAACUAAUUAUAUUUGACUAGGUUUAGACUGUAGUUUUGGAUGAACAUAAUACGCAAGUAUAAGCUCAUGAAACUGUUUAUUUUUUCCCAAAAGGGCUCAAGAAAUUCAGAAACUGGUUUUAAAGGGCCCGAAUUCUUACCUUUUUUUCAAUGUUCCUUCCUCCUGUCUUUAAUAAGCACUUUACAUCCAUUCUAGUGCCUUGGUGAACCUGCUUGAGUGGCUCUAUUUUUAUGUUCAGGAGUUCCAAACGUCAUCAUAUACUUACUAGAAUUGGAGGCAUUAUCCUGUCCGAUUAAUCUGAUUUACUGCAACCCGGACGGACACAUCUACUUUGCAUCUGUGUCUAUGAGCUGAGCUUGUUAAGGAUAUUUUUGCUGAUGCAAAAAAAAAAAAAAAAAAAGCCACUGUAACGUCUGGCUGAUAAUUAAUUAAAGGUUCACACAAUUAGAAUCUAGCAAAAUGACCAAAUGAAGACAAAUGGUUUCAAUCAGUCCUGGAUGUUGCUUCAUUUGGCUUAAAAAAAAAAACUUCUUAAUGGGGAUCCAAAUAUUUUGCAAAAAUUCAUGCUUGUAAUUUUGCAGUGAGGGGGGGGGGGGGGCGGGGGUGCAUUUAAUGGGCACUACAUCUAUAGAAAUACUUCUCUUUUUAACCCAUCUGGGUUAGUCUGGAAAGUUCUCGAAGAAGGUCACGUGACGAUCAGUGGAUCCUGGAUCGAGCGGCGCCAUGAGAGUCUGAGGAGGCCGUUCCUCGAUGGCGGCUGGCUACUUCCUGGUUCUCUUUGCAUAUUUUAAGACCCGAAACCCCGGUCAUCCGAGGUUUCCUUUUUUUUUCUUCCUGUUAUCAGCCAGACGCAGCUCUCAGAGUUCCCCCCC